GCGUURUUUGGGGGAUUCCAGGAGUAAUUCCUGCUGUUAUUUUGGAGUUUGGUGGGAAAACAAAACAGGAGGUUUUCCUUUGUUUUUGCUUUCCCAGUGGGAAUCGUAAAAUAAUGUGGGAAGUUUACGGAGAAGGGAGAAGUGCAUCUCUGAAAUUGCCAAAUCCACCCAAAAUCGAUGGAAUUCGGGCAGAGUUGGAUUGGAUCCGAUGGUCAGAACAUUCCGCUGUCCCAUUCAAAGAGCAUUCCCGAUGGAAUUCCCAGAAUUCCCACCCUGGGGUGUCCAUAACCAUUUCCUAUCUCUUUUUUUAGCCGUGCUUCCCACCUAGGCACCCGGGAGGAUUUUCCCUGGGUGGAAGGAUUAGUUCCGGUGGGAUGUCAGGAACGCUCCGAAGAAUCCACAGGAUCCAUGGAAUGAUUUUGGGGAGUUCCAAGUGCUGAACCAGCGGAAUCUCCGAUGGAGAGCAGUGCCGCGCUGGCGAUCCUGCUGUGUGCCCUGUGCCUGCCAGCAGCGCUUCCCUCGGGAUCAAAAUCGGGAUCGGAACUGGGAUCGGAGCUGGGAUCGGGGUCGGGGAACAUCCCGGCGCAGCUGAAGGUCAGGAUCGCCGUGAACGCCACGCCCUGCAGCGUCACCUGCGGGCUGGGCGUGCGGGAGGAGCGGCUCUGCGAGGUCACGGCGGCCGGCGACACCGGGAACUGCUCGCUGGUGCGCUCGCGCUGCCUCAGCCGCUGGAUCUGCGGCCUCCUGCACCUCAGCGUGGCCGAGGGAGACCCUUUCCGCCUCAGCUGCCUCUCCCCGGACRCCGCCGACCUGGAGGAGCAAACCUUUGGCUACACGUGGCAGUUCGCCCGCGGUCUGGUCACCACCAACGACCUCCUGUUCCAGCCCUUGCGCUUCCCCAGCCCGGAGCUGAGCUUCUCGCCGGCUCUGGAGUCGCACUCCGGCACCUACCGCUGCGACGUGCAGGAGCUCAGCUCCUUCAAGCUCGUCAAGAGGAUCUACUUCGGCCUCAAGGUGAUCCCCCGGGACCUGGUGGAGCUCAAUUUCCAGAAAUCCCUGACCUGGGAGCAGCAGCUGGCGGCCAGCGGCGAGGAUGCGGGCAACGACACCGGCGCCGGAGAGAGGGAUCGGCGGCGGCGGCCGAAAUUUUGGGAGGAGCAGUGGUUUUACGAGGCGGUGGUGGGAAUUGCGAGCGGAGUGGUCAUGGGGAUCCUGCUCAGCGUCGGGAUCUGCUGCCUCAGCUGGAUUUGCAGGAGGAGACAGGAGGAGAAAUGAACGAAGUUUUGAUGCAUUUCCCUGGCUUCCGCUCGUUAUUAGGUUUAUUUUCCGUCCUAAUUUUAUUUCCUCGUUUAUUUCCCAUCCUUAUUAUAUUUCCCGCUUAAUUUCCCAUCCUUAUUUUAUUUCCUGCUUUCUUCCCAUCCCUAUUUUAUCUCCUGCAUUGUUCCCAUCCCUGUUUUAUCUUCUGCUUUGUUCCCAUCCUGAUUUUAAUUUCCUGCWUUAUUUCCCAUCCUUUUUUUAUUUCCUGGAGUUU